AUGAUUCCCAGCGUCAGACAGUGGACUUGGUACAUUCUCAAACGUUUCGCCGGCAUCGUAGUCGGCAUCGUCAGUGAGCUUUGCCAUUCUCAAUCCUUUCACCGAGGUUCUGGUGAAAACGGUUACACUAUCAUUCCUCCUUCUGUCCUGGCCUUUACCCUCUUAUCCAACUCCUGUCCUAUCACAACUUCUCGCUUGUUUACAUUUCUCUCGUCAAUAUGCAACAAAUCAAGCCUCUCGAGCAACCCGAGUGGCUCGAAAAAGGGCUCUCAUGCCUCCGGUACCGACCAGGACGACGAAGACGCUUUCUCGGUUCUGGGCCGCCGACAGACGGCGGUCUCUGUCGAUGGUAACUCGACCCCCGAACGGACACCUCGACCGACGUUGGCGUGUAUCGGACGGGUGGUCGGCCAGGCACUCGGCAACGGCACGGAAGAAGACGUCGAUUGCCGGUUGGGCCUGGCUGCCGAGGCAAGAGGAGAUUUCGCCCAUACCCGGUUGAAAGGGCGUGUUGCCCACGCCAUUGCCGAGACAACUGCGGCCGCAGGAGGUGGCCGUCGAGCCGUCGGUGGAUUCGGUCACUACGGCAAACUGCACACGAACAGAGGAGACGGGACGGUAACCGAUGGCGGGCAUGACGACCUGGAGUCGGAGGUUGACGACGACGAGGAAGAGGAAGAGGAGGAGGAGGAGGAGGAGGAGGAGGAAGAGGAGGAUGAGGAGGAUGAGGAGGAGGAAGAAGAGGAAGAAGAAGAGACAGACGACGGGAUCGCUGAGGUGGACGGCGGCGUCGGGCUGCGGAAGGAGAGGAUACAGCAGAGGCAGCGGCGAGGUCGGCGGCGCCGGCGCCGGCUGGGCAAGACACAGCCGAGAUCGACUGACCUGCGACCGUGUCUACAGGCGCCGACGCGGCAAGUGACCCCAUUUGCUGGUGUCUGCGAGUACCUCGGCUCGGUGAAAGUGCUGCAGAGGCUGGUGGAACCGGAUCUGGUGGACAGACUGUCCGACGAGGGCAGAUAUUUUGCCGCGUCCAGCCUUCCACGAGGCAUCUGCAUCGCUAGACGACGGAAAUGCCGACUUGUUCUGGAGACUUUAGUCCCAUUUCUGCUCGUCCAUCAUGUCGGGAAACCGGUCUCUUCAAAUGGUGUAGGUGGGAUGUAUCACUUUGAGACGUCCGAGGCACUUAUUGCCGCCAGUAUGGGUCAUUCAUACGUGGAAUGCACAUAG